UUUUUUUACCACUUUGCCUUCACGCCUAUCACUACCGCUUCAACGGUCAGUACAGCAGCCUGGCGCUGGUCACAUCCUGGCUCUUCAUCCAGCACUCUAUGAUCUACUUUUUUCACCACUACGAGCUUCCUGCCAUCCUGCAGCAGAUCCGGAUCCAGGAGAUGCUUCUGCAGAACCAGCAGGCGGGUCAGCAACAGGCGGGUCAGCCAGCAGGUCAGCAGGCGGGUCAGCCAGCAGGUCAGCCAGAGGGUCAGCCAGCAGGUCAGCCAGAGGGUCAGCCGGCCAACAACCAGGCACAGGCGCUGCAGGACAACCUCAACAACAACGCUGCCACUACAGCCGCUGGGACAGAACCAGAACAGGAAAACACUGACCCACUCGCCACCCCGCAAACACCACACAGCGAGCCAAACGCCACCAUGCCUACAGGAGCGGGAGAGGUGAGGGCAGAGCUGAACUGGGUCUCUCAGACAGCGGCCAUCUUUACCGAAGCUCUGAGCGCCGCCGGAGAUGCAGCGGGCGCCAGCGUGGUGGCAGAGGUCUGGGUGGACGGAAGAGAAACGGGAGGAGACAGAAGAGGAGAAAGAGGAGGAGGAGGAGAAGAAAAAGACAGACAGAGCGAAACGGUAGAAGAAAGGGGAGAAAAAGGAGCAGGAAUGGAAGAUUUGAAUGUUGUUUCAGUAGAAAUUAAAGCCACAGGAGGAGAUCCUCCAAUCAGAGGGCAGGAGGGGUCAGAGGGGGCGGGGCCCCGCCCAAACACAGACUGCCCCCCCCCACAGAGCUGCACAGGUACAGACUGCAGAGCGCCACAGCGGCCGCAGACGCCGUCCUGAGAGUCUGACACGCUGCUCAGUCUGUCAGCUGAUCAGGGCUCUGGUCUGUGAUUGGACCAUCACUGAACAAACACACUUCUUAUUUUAAACGAAAACUAAAUUAAUUAGUUCAGUUUGUUCCAACCGCAGGGUCCGCAAGAUUGUUCUCUGGAUGAAUGGAUGAGUAGUUCGGUCUCUUACAUGUGGAUCAGUGUUCCCCAAGACGAUGUCCUCACAUGUCUUGUUUUGUCCACAACUCAAAGAUCUUCAGUUUCCUGUCAGCUGUUUAUAUACAAAAUAAUCUGCCUAAUCUGGGUGUGCUGAUCAAAUCUUAAAUUAAUGAUAAACCGUAUGAUGCACGGAUUCCUCUGGGCCAGUAGCGAUGUUUGGUGGUUGUUUCCUGUCAAAGGGAACCAAUCAGUUUGAAGUCUGAACUCCGCUCUGGUCUGGAUUUUGAUCCGUUUUAGAUCCUUGAAUGUGCAGAUGUUUUCGCUGAUUUAAAACAAAUAUAAUAAAUCUCACAAUGUUGUAACAUCUCCACCCCGAGCAACGCUAAAUUCUGCUAAAUUCUUCAGAUUUUCAUUCAGUUUCACCGUUGAAAACUGUAAAAACAUCCUGAGUUUGUGUGUCGGGAUGCAGCAGUUUGUCUGGGCCGAUCCCGAUAGCCCCUGUCUUGUUAUUGUUGUUGGUUCUGGUUCUAGUUCUGGUUUUGGUUUUCUGACAGGGAAACAAAGACCUCUUCAUGAUAUAUAAAAUACCAAGCAGUUUAAAUUCUUAGAUGUGUUUUGGUCUGUUUUUUGAUCCAUUAGUGAUCAGUAACAGAGCCGCCCUGAUUCUGACAGACUGAAGCCCAAACUGAACUGUGAUGCUUUCUGUUUUCAUCUGCUUUUAUUUUGAAAAGUACAGACUCUUUGGGAACAGGACGUAGUUUUUGAUCGCGGCGGUGGAUCAGAACGGAUGCCUUAUCAAUAAUCCUUCGGACGCUUCGGAGACUCCGGCAGCCGACGGAGGCAGCUGAUUGGUUGUGCAUUAUGACGGCGGCUGUGUCACACCUCAGGCCCCGCCCCCUGCCACAGGGCUCUUAACAUGUCUGCUGGAGGCGGAGCCUGAAGUGUGACACCAGCAUCAGAGACAGGAAGUGAACCAAAGUGAUGGACUGUGGAGGGAUUUGUUUAUUUGACUUCUUGGUGCCUCUCUGCUGGAUGACUGUAGCCUCGUUAGUCCAUCUGAAGCCUGAAACUCAUCAAACUGUAUUUAACUGUCCAGUGAAACCAGUAAAGCAGUGCACAACCACAGCUGUUUGCACACUAA